AUGGAAGAAGUUGAUCACAAAUCAAACCACAAGUGCAAAUUCUGCCGCAAAAUGUUCCCCUGCGGCCGGUCCCUCGGUGGCCACAUGAGGUCUCACUUGAUCGCCUCCAACGACGAACCAUUGUGCACGAAAAAGAAGACGAAGAAGCGAUCUCAAAGGUACUCGGACGAUUCCUCCCUUGAUCUCUCCUCCUCGUCCGAGCAGGAGGAGGUCGCCUUCACCUUGAUACUCCUCUCCAUGGAUUGCACCAAUUCCGACUCCAACAACAAUAACAGAAUCAAGAGCAAUCGGAACGAUCAAUCCGAGGUUAACAAGUUUAGGUGCAUGAUUUGCAACAAGGCCUUCUCUUCCUACCAAGCAUUAGGUGGCCACAGAGCCAGUCACAAAAAGUUUAAAGGUUGUUGUGCUCCCACCAAUCUUCAAGAUUGCAAGAAAAGCAAAGAUCAUGAGUGCCCAAUUUGCUUCAAGAUCUUCCCAUCAGGCCAAGCAUUGGGUGGUCACAAAAGAUCCCAUUUGAUCAACACCACUGAUCAUCUUCGUGUCGAAGAGACACAAACUCCACAAGUUCGACGUUUCCUUGACCUCAACUUGCCUGCCCCGGUCGAGGAAGAGUGCAACGUUGAGUUGAAGCCGUGGUGGAUUGGCGCGGCUCGGCCUAAUCUCCGGCUGAAAUGUGUAUAG